AUGGUAACACAGGAAGAUCACAGAGCUAAGAGAUCUCACCACUGCCCACAUUGUGAGGAGAUUUUCCCAAUUCUAUCAAAGCUAAAAUUACACCUAAAAAUACACACUGGGGAGAAUCUGUAUUCCUGUACUGACUGUGGGAAGAGCUUCACAACAUCAAGGGCUCUGAAACUUCAUCAGAGAGUGCACACUGGAGAGAAGCCUUACUACUGCUCGUACUGUGGGGAGAGUUACUCUCAACUGAGCAACUUCAAAAAACACCAGCGUCUACACACAGGAGAGAAGCCUUACUCCUGCUGUGACUGUGGAAAAUGUUUUACAACAUCAUCUGAGCUAACAGUUCAUCAGAGAACACACACUGGAGAAAAGCCUUAUAUCUGCUCUGACUGUGGGAAGAGUUUCUCCCACCUGUGUAACUUUCAAGCACACCAACGUAUACAUACAGGAGAGAAGCCAUACUCCUGCUCUGACUGUGGGAAAAGUUUCUCCCGAUUGUAUACCUUAAAGUCACAUGGACGUACCCAUACAGGAAAGAAGCCUUACUCCUGUUCUGACUGUAGGAAGAGUUUUUCCCACCAGGGUAGCUUUAAAGCACACCAACGUAUACACACAGGAGAGAAGCCAUACUCUUGCUUUGACUGUGGGAAGAGUUUCUCUCAACAGAGCAACUUAAAAACACACCAACGUAUACACACAGGAGAGAAGCCUUACUACUGCUCUGACUGUGGGAAGAGUUUCUCUCAAGAGAGCAACUUAAAAACACACCAACGUAAACAUAAAGGAGAGAAGCCUUACUACUGCUCUGUCUGUGAGAAGAGUUUCUCUCUUCAGAACCAAUUAAAAACACACCAAUGUAUACAUAAAGGAGAGAAGCCUCGUCAGUUCUCUCAGACCAGCUGAGAUUUAAAUGCAGUGAUAGAGUGAUUUUAAUCUCAUUGCUUGACUUGGACUGAAAUAGGUGCCGGUACUUAUUUUGGGUGCCGGUACUGUUUUUAUUUAGCUUCAGGACCUCCACAAAACUUUUGAGCUAAUCUAUAACAGGAACAGGAGCUCAAGCAGUAGAACAUUUGAGGGCCUGGUACUCCGCUCCGGUAAGUUCCUGCCCAAGUCAAGCGCCGGUACUCACAACAUGUAUCAGAUAGAGAUGGUGUGAUGACCACUUUUCACCACUAGUUUUGGGGGGAUUAUUUUACAAAUUUAUUUAAUGAUACACAGUUUAUGAAAUUAAUACAUGUGUUUUAUUAAUUGUUUUUAAAACUAGAUGAGUUAUUGUAGUUACUGAUCAUGAAUGUGUUUGGAUAAUUGCAUCCAGUGGCGUUACUAGUCCUGGGCUUUCGGGGCAAAAGCCCCGGAUGUUUUAGGCCCCAAACCUUGGAUGGUAAAAAAAUAUAUACUGUGUAUCCGUAAAGUAUUCAGACCCCUU